UUUAUUUUGAAACGAAGAAUGCUACAGGCGGAAGUCGUGUUAUUUUUAGUCAUUAGCUCAACUUACCCCAAAGUUAUACAGAAGUCACAGCCACCUCUCGUGAGGGGGAUAAACAGAGUUGGGAUUUAAAUGUAUUAAAGAGAUAAAUGAGUGUGUGUGUCGCUCGGCUGUAGACAGGUUGAGAGGUGGAGGUUUAUAUCUCACACUGACACACUGUAAAGCUUUGUGGACUGUUGGACAAACGAUGGCAAAACCAGACUGCAGGGCAGCUAAAGACAUGACAGAGGCGAUGGAAGAAACAAUGCAGCGACUUCAAGGGAGAUUCCAGGAAAUCUCUGGACAGCUGGAGACUAAACUAGAUGAGAUGGGAACACGCAUCGACGGCCUCGAGAAGAACGUGGCUGAGCUCAUGACGCAAGCUGGUAUGGAGGAGCAGGCCGUUUCAAAGUGACCACUGCCAAUCUGUAACAUGUAACCUCCAAAACCUUGCCUUGCCGGAACUACACAUCAUCAAACAUCCUGAAAUGGGACUUCUGUGUUGACAUCAGUGUAUCCCUAAAGUUUAUAUCUCUAAAUAUAUAUAAAAGUAACUAUAUAAAAGUUUAUAUCAUUAAAGUUUAAGCCAAAUAUUCCUGUUUCCCAAGGUGCUACCGUGUGAUAAGAGGCUUUAGAUCACAGUUAAAACAAAUGUAUUUUUAUCAAAAUGUUAUUUUUUGUUGCAUCAAAAAAGGAGAGCUGUGUUUGUUUUGAAGCAUUUACAAUCUACAGCUGACCAAUAAGCUUAAAGGUACCUUGUGGAGUUUUUGUCAUAAACAAACUUGGUUUUCCUUUACAUUCAAUGUUUUUUUAUUCCAAAACCUAUUCGUAUCAACAGCUUAACAAACCUAUUGAAUGCAUUUACUACCUCAUAUGACAUUUUCCAGGCCUUUUAUUCUUAAAGUUUUGAAACCUGUGUUAUUUACAUGUUGUGUUCUUUUUACUCCUCUGCCUUUACUGUCACAUUCCUAAUUUUUUACCACCAACAACUAUCCACAUACAUGUGUAUACAUGUGCACGUUAUGUCCACGUGUGUCCUCAUGCUCAUCCUGGUAGAGCAAUUGAUGUAUAUAAUACAGACAGUUGUUGCUCUACAGUGCCACCAGUGGUCAAAUGCUAUACAGGACACCUUUAAACAUGGAUAAAGGGCAAUAUUAGAAUUGUACCACCAAAGACAAAGUGUGGCAUGUCAUGUAACAGUUUGAAUGCAAUAUAAAGUUAAGUAUCAGGGGCUUUAAAGUGGUGGCUGCUGCCAAAAGGUUGAAAUUGAUCACAUUAUUUGACUGAUGAAUUUAAUCUAUCUUCACAUCUGGGAGAAUACUGUUGAUCAAAUCUAUGCAGUUUAUUUGUAGUGUAAUACUAAUGUAUAUCAUAAUGUAUAACUGUAUGCCAUAUCAUGUAUGUCUUCCUUC